AGCCCUAACCCUCCCGAGCUGGGAGGUAUGGCGCGCUCGAAGGCGCCCAGGGCAUUUGUCCUGCGCAGGCAUUUGCUGUGCGCAGCUGCGGCGAUGGCGCUUCUCGUCGUGUGGGCAAUGUGGAUGAGCAAGGAAAAUGAGGGGGCCGGGAGCGGCCACACGAGGUAUCUGUACUGGGGAUCCAGAAUUGAUUGCCCUGGUAAGAUGUGUGAGGUCUGUGGAGGUCUGGGACACCAAGAAUCCAGCCUACGCUGCGCUCUGGAGGAGGCGAUUCAUCUAAACAGGACAUUUGUGCUUCCUUCGACGAUCUGCAUUGUUGGAAAGCACAACGAUCGAAUGCUUCCUGGGACGUCCUCCAGUUGGGACUCGAGAGAGUGUGCUGUGGAGGCUUUGUACGAUUUGGAUCUCAUGUCCUCUACUGGAAUUCGUGUCAUCACGGACAGCUCCAGAGAAUGGAUCUCUUCACUACGAGCAGCGCGUAGCGUCGAGCAUGCUCUGGUGAACGUUCAUGGAUUAACUCGUCAAGAGAUCUCUCAAAGUCCACUACACUCGCAUGCAUUGAUCAUUAAUCGGACAGCCAACUCGCUUGCAUGGUUUGUGGAAUGCAAGGAUAGGAAAAACCGCUCCGCCGUGAUGCUCCCAUACGCCUAUCUUCCAACAAUGGCCGCAAAGCAACUUCGUGAGGCUGCCGAAAAGAUACAGCAACGUCUUGGGGACUAUGAUGCGAUGCAUGUCCGGAGAGGAGACGUGCUGAAGGUUAGAAAAGACGGGCAGGGGGAGAAAAAGACCAAGUUUCCACACCUAGACAGAGAUACACAGCCAGAAGCAAUUCUCCGGCGGAUAUCCGCCUGGGUAUCACGGGGACGGACACUCUACGUUGCGUCCAACGAGAGAAAACCGGGCUACUUUGAUCCAUUGGGAUCCAGAUAUAAGAUUGCAUCUUCAUCUAAUUUCAGUGACAUCCUGGGCCCUGUUAUUCAUAACAAUUACCAGCUUUUUAUUGUAGAUCGGCUGGUUCUCUCCGGCGCAAAAACGGUCAUACAGACAUUUAAAGAGAACCCCGGGGACCUUAGCCUGACAGACGACGAGAAGAAAGUCCUCAGGUGGCAAAAACCUGUCUAUACGUUUGAUUGAGAAACGGCACGCAGCACAAGCAGAAGCUUUGUGCUUCCCAAAA